ACACGGAAUUGCGGAAGUUGGCGUUGGAAAUGUUUGUGUAGUGAUGAGGAGCCAUUAUUAUUGUUACAUAUGUGACAAAAAGACUGACUAGGUACAUUUCACCGUAUCCUUUUUUUUACAGGUGGCUUACUCUGAGAAUAAGGAGACAGUAUCGCGAUGUCGGUCAAAAUGAACGCAAGUAAAGGCAAAGACAGCGGCGAAGUUAUCAGAAACUACCAUAAGCAGGCGUUUGAAUAUAUAUCGAAAGCAUUAAGGAUCGACGAAGAUGAUACAGGUGAGAAGGAGGAGGCUGUGCAGUGGUACAAGAGAGGUAUUUCUGAGCUUGAAAAGGGUAUUGCAGUAGAGAUCACGCCACAAGUAGGAGAUCGAGAGCGAGCAAAGAGACUUCAAGACAAAAUGGUCAACAAUCUCACUAUGGCAAAAGACAGGCUCGCCCUUUUAGAGGCAACACUUGCAUCUAAAAGGAGGAAUAAUCCACAACCAAAACCUGUACCUAAAAGCCAGCCUGCAGUACCUGGUAACAUCAGGCCCUCCUCUGCUGUCAGACCUAGAGCCACUGAUCCAAAGGUGACCCCACGAAUGUCAAAGGUUCAAAAUGGAAAACCUGCAGCGGCGAAACAGCCACCAAAGAGGGAUUUGAAAAACUUCAAGAAUGUGGACAGCAAACUGGCCAACUUGAUUCUGAAUGAAAUUGUUGACAGUGGAGCAUCUGUAUCCUUUGGAGACAUUGCUGGACAGGAUCUGGCCAAGCAAGCAUUACAAGAGAUUGUGAUCCUACCUGCCCUAAGACCAGAGCUCUUUACUGGCCUGAGAGCUCCGGCACGUGGUUUGCUUUUAUUUGGCCCACCUGGAAAUGGGAAAACCAUGCUGGCCAGAGCAGUUGCCGCUGAGUCAAAUGCAACAUUCUUCAACAUCAGCGCUGCCAGUUUGACCUCUAAAUAUGUGGGAGAAGGUGAAAAGCUUGUACGAGCACUUUUUGCAGUUGCCAGAGAAUUACAGCCCUCUGUCAUCUUUAUCGAUGAAGUGGACAGCUUGCUUUGUGAAAGGAGGGAGGGAGAAAAUGAUGCCUCUCGUCGACUAAAAACUGAGUUCCUCAUUGAGUUUGAUGGGGUGCAGUCAGGGGGAGAUGAAAGGGUCCUCGUAAUGGGCGCAACCAACAGGCCUCAGGAGCUCGAUGAAGCAGUACUGAGGCGCUUUGCAAAGAGAGUUUAUGUGGGAUUGCCAGAUGAGCAGACAAGAUUCACACUGCUGAAAAAUCUUUUGGGAAAGCAUGGGAAUCCACUGAGCAAAAAUGAGCUGUCCAGUCUUGCAAAACUGACUGCAGGAUACUCAGGAAGUGAUUUGACCUCAUUAGCCAAAGAUGCUGCACUCGGGCCGAUUAGAGAGUUGGGACCAGAUCAAGUCCGGUAUAUGGCUGCUAAUGAGAUGCGUAACAUAAAGAUGAAAGACUUUGAGGAUUCCCUGAAGCGCAUCAAGCCCAGUGUUAACCCAGCUACUCUCAACAUGUAUACUAAAUGGAACAAAGAUUUUGGUGACACAACAGCUUUUUGAACUUUAUUGUUCAUCGUCACUAUUUAAAAAACAAGCGAACAAAAAAACACUGAAAAUAAAUCAAUAAGUGGAUUCCUGUCUUUUAUAUGGGAAAGGAUUAGGGUCGCACGAAAAGAAAAUUUUCACAUGUCCCAAUUUGGGACCAAUAAAUUACAUUUUUCUAACCCUUUGUCAGUUGGUAAAGCCUUAUGGAUAUAAUGUAUAAAUAUUAUGACAUUUGAAAGCAUUAUGGGUAAAUUUCCUCUUUUCUGGAAAGGCUUUGCUAAUACGUUUCUUUACUGUAUUAUUGAACUCCUAAAACACUGUCUUUCUACUUGAAAUUACAUUAUUUAUUCUCAAGAAUGUCCUGCAAAUUUCCAAAUCAUCUUUCCCUUGCCUCAAGAGGGCAGCAAGUUUCUGUAAAUCCUGACAUAACCUCACCGGUUUAGAUUAUUUCACACAUCCAUUCAUUACCUGAUGUAAUGACUUGUUGAUGGUAUUGAUCACCAAGUGCUCUCUGUACUUGUACACAUGCAAGAGUGACAAUAAUUGGGAGAAUAUUUGCCAUAUGGUGCUUUUGUAUUAUAAAGGUUUUUCCAUUUGCACUCCUUGUUUGUAGAUACAAAAACUUGUAUUUGAAAGUUGGAAUUAAUUAUUGUUACCUCAUUUUUUUUUUCAGAAAUAAUUAUGACAUUUAGUUAAAAGUAUUUCAUUGAGCAGAAGUAAUGAUCUCCCACUUUCCCCAUGCAUCAAUAAAUAAACUCAUUAAAGUGUA